CCCUGGACCGCUUCUCUGCCUCAGCUGAAGAACAAACCGACGCAGCUGGGUUUGCAUCAAGUAUCAAUCCUUGACGCCUAAAUAGAGGCAUUUUGCAACCACUUCAAAUUCGGCAGCAACAUUUUUUUUGUCCUCCUGCGGAGCUAAGUAGAACUGCUAAGCAAAUGCAAUAACUGACAAUUAGCCGUAACCACAGAAACAGGCUAGAGGCAAAGAAGCCAAAACAAAACAUCAAAACCCGGCAAACAAAGAGGUGCUUUUUUCAACGCCAACAUUUUUCCUCCAUAUUCAAUAGUUAUGAGUCAUGUGGCCGUCGAAAAUGCCCACGGUCUAGAGCAGCAGCUCGCUGUCCUAGACUUGAGUGCUCCGGAUGGACAAGGCGGAGGUAUUAAUAGGCGAUACAUUCCUCCACAUUUACGGAACAAAGAUGCACCCAAGAAUGUAGGAAAUGCUUUUGCUGCCGGACGACCAGGAGCCUACACCAUAGCGCCUGCAGCAAACUUCGGUUGGGAUGCGGGACGCAACAACUUCGUCAACGGCUACCACGACAACCGCAUGGCCGGCAACUCGUUCAACCGCGGCCCGCCGCGCAUGGAGCGCGGGCGAGGCGGCGUGGCGGGAGGCGGUUACCGCGGCAACAGGGGCGGGACGUUCAACCCCAUCAACCCGGCGCAGCCCAUAAGCUUCGGUGGGUUUGAGGCCAACGAUGCUGGUAACUGGAACCCGGCCAAAGAAACUUACAACAGCUUUGGCAACAACCGAGGAAAGUCUGCGUUCUUCAACGACAGAGGCAACGCCAGCAGAGGAAGGUUCGAUCACGGUGGAUUUGGUGGCGGCGGAGGAGGAAACAGCCGCUGGGUGGAGGAGGCGAGGGACGACGGGGACUGGUCCAAGCCGCUGCCGCGUAACGAACGCCUUGAACAUGAGCUGUUCUCCGGCAGCAACACCGGGAUCAACUUUGAGAAAUACGACGACAUUCCCGUUGAGGCCACAGGACAAAACUGCCCUCACCACAUCGAGAGUUUCCAAGAUGUCGACAUGGGUGAGAUUGUCAUGGGCAACAUUGCUCUGACCCGCUACACCAGACCAACGCCCGUGCAGAAAUACGCCAUUCCUAUAGUCAAGUCCAAGAGAGACCUGAUGGCCUGCGCACAGACGGGAUCUGGAAAGACGGCGGCGUUCCUGCUUCCGAUUCUCAGCCAGAUCUACAGUGAGGGACCAGGAGAGGCUCUGAAUGCAGCCAAAGCCUCAGGACAGGAGAACGGGAAGUAUGGGCGGCGUAAGCAGUACCCCAUGGCGCUGGUGCUGGCUCCCACCAGAGAACUGGCGCUGCAGAUAUACGAUGAAGCCAGGAAGUUCUCCUACCGCUCCAAAGUGCGCCCCUGCGUGGUGUACGGCGGCGCCGACAUCGGCCAGCAGAUCAGGGACCUGGAGAGAGGCUGCCACCUCCUGGUGGCGACGCCCGGCCGACUGGUGGAUAUGAUGGAGAGAGGCAAGAUUGGACUGGACUACUGCAACUACCUGGUCCUAGAUGAGGCGGAUCGCAUGCUGGACAUGGGCUUUGAACCCCAGAUACGGCGCAUCGUGGAGCAGGACACCAUGCCGCACAAAGGCAUCAGACAGACCUUGAUGUUCAGCGCCACGUUCCCCAAAGAGAUCCAGAUCCUAGCCAGGGAUUUUCUGGAGGACUACAUCUUCCUGGCCGUGGGCAGAGUGGGCUCCACCUCGGAGAACAUCACACAGAAGGUCGUGUGGGUUGAAGAGAGCGAUAAGAGGUCCUUCCUCCUGGACCUGCUCAGCGCUACAGUCAUCCCCAACGAGGUACAGGACAAUACUGGAGACAACGUAGAGAAACCGGGUAAGGACUCUCUGACCCUCGUGUUUGUGGAGACCAAGAAAGGAGCCGACGCCCUGGAGGACUUCCUGUACCGGGAAGGCUACGCCUGCACCAGUAUCCACGGCGACCGCUCGCAGCGGGACCGCGAGGAGGCCCUGAACCAGUUCAGAUCGGGGAAGUGUCCCAUUCUGGUGGCGACGGCGGUCGCAGCUCGAGGGCUGGACAUCUCCAACGUGAAGCACGUCAUUAACUUUGACCUUCCAAGCGACAUCGAGGAGUACGUCCAUCGUAUCGGCCGUACGGGCCGAGUGGGCAACCUGGGGCUGGCCACGUCCUUCUUCAACGACAAAAACGGCAACAUCACCAAGGACCUGCUGGACAUCCUGGUGGAGGCUAAACAGGAGGUUCCCUCGUGGCUGGAGAGCCUGGCCUACGAACACCAGCACAAGAGUAGCAGCAGGGGGCGCUCUAAGAGCAGGUUCUCUGGCGGCUUUGGCGCUCGGGAUUACCGGCAGACGGCGGCUGGCGGCAGCGCCGUCGGCUUCGGGGGCCGAGGAGGACGCAGCCAGCAGGGACACGGAGGGAACCGUGGCUUUGGAGGAGGUGGUUUUGGCAACUUCUACACAAGCGACGGCUACGGAGGGAAUUACUCGCACUCUCAAGUCGACUGGUGGGGCAACUAGGUGUCUCCGUUCCACCUUUACUCCUCUUUCUUUCAUCCUUUAACUUCCUUUACAGGAUUUCCCCAACCAUGUCAUCCACGGCCAUCCGUCUCGUCACCCCUAUUAUUCCCUGGGACCUCCAUGCAUGUUAUUAAACUAUUUAUACUCAUUUAUAUAUCCCCCUCCCCCCACCUCCCGCUAUUCCACUCAGUCAGGUCUUAUUAUUAGCGUUAGGUUUUCUCCUGUGCGUUCCAUCUUCAUUCUGUCUCUACAAGGGUUUCCUUUCACUUUCUGAGCUCUCCUUGUAAUGUUGGUCCCUUUUUUUUUUUUUUUAUAAAGGAUUUUCUUUGGUAGUUGCAUCCCAGAGCCCCUAAUCUAGGACGCGUUAAGAUUUCCAGGCAUCUGUAGGCAGGGCGGCGUCCUUUUUUGUGACCUUUAGGUUUGAGUUUUAGCUCUAGUGUUUUGUUGUCUGUCUCCAUUUACCCACAGUCAGGCAGGCUCCCUGUGUAACUUUGUAUUUAACGCACGGCCAUGUUGUAAAUCACCGGCCAAUCGUUUUCUAAAACAGACGGCAAAGCAAAUUCAGGCAUAGGAACUUUGCGUUCUCCUUCAUUGAAACGGCAGUUUCUUUUUUUAAUUAGAUUUUCCAAAAGCGUCAAUGUUUUGAGUUACUGAUGCCUGACGAAGGAAAACGACAAACUGAGUCACUCCAGCGGUGAAACGUUGGGUUUUGCCCACUAGAAGGCAGUCGUCGAAAAACUUGAUUUCUUCAGUUCCUACCAACAAUGUAGAGAAUCUUUGUGUUUCUGUACUGUGCCUUUAAGAAUUUAAACUCUGUGUAUGUUGCUUUUUCUCACUAUAUAACACCUAACUGGCUGCAAGUAUCGUUUAAAGGUUACUGUAUUUUAAUGUGGUGUGGGUUUAAACACGCACUUCUUCAUUCCCAUUUGGAUGGAAGCGAACUAGGCUUGAACUAAAUCAAACCUUGGCAAAAAAAACAAAAAAACACACAAAACGAAAACCAAACUAAAGCUAAAACACUUUGUUUGAGGAACGUUUUAAAGUCCUCAUGUCCUCUAGAGGUGAAAUUCACCAGAAGGCUCAGAUGAGCCGCUUCCCUGAAGCUUAGAGCCUCUGCAAACACGUUUGCGUGUAGUUGGAACUAUACGCUCAGAUCGGUUGUAGGUUUUUGGGGGAAAAAUAAAUUUUUUUUUGACCUGUGCGUCAAAUCUAGAGCUCCGACUGGAGCUCGCAGCUCGGUUUCCCUCGGCCUUUGUGUCACUAACAGUCGGCCUCAGACAAAACCUGCAGAAACGCUCUGAAAUCAAGGUUAGAGUGUCUGGAACUGCUAAUGAAUGCAGAUAAAAGUUAAAGAACCAAACUGAGUUCAGUGUUUUUCUCCAUCCGGCUCCCUAGUGCCACCACGCUCCUGGGAAACCGAAUCUGCUUCCGCCUCAAACCUCAGUCUUAUUUUAUUUUUUAUUUAUUUAUUUUUUUCAAGAAAACAAAAAAAAAAACCUUCUCACAACUCUCAAAAGUAAGUUAAAGAAAAAAAAACAUGCUCACUCUAUCCUGGAGAGUUAAACUAAAAGCCUUCUCUUGAAUAAAUACUUCCUGUUGUUCUUUUUUUUUUUUUAUUAUUAUUUUGUUCGGUCCUUGAAAUCUGUUGAAGUGAAGCGUUGGAUUUAAUCGUUUUUACUGUAAUGACAACUGGGGCUUCCUGAAGAUGUGACGCUGCGUUUCCAGAGCACAUUAUAGCCGCAUUCUGGAGCGACAAAGCUUAAAAACGCUGCUCCAGAAAAAGCAGAAAACCUUCGGAUCAUUCACUGUCUCUGCAAACUAAGCUACUUAAAUCUAAAAAUUUCCACCAGCUUGGUUGCAAUAUGUUGCAUGCCUUAAAAACAUUUUUUUGUUUGUUUUUUCAUGUGAAGGCACUGAACAGACCUAAAACUGCUAUUUAUGCUCCUGCUGGCUGCAGGAUGUUAGCAAAAAAAAUCGGAGCCGCUAAAAUGUGCUGCUGGAAAAGCGCCGCAAACGGAGGCGAUCGCCUGAGCGACUUCCGAUCCCUGGGAAGUCCUGCUUGGCUCUGUUGCAGAAACAAACCUCAAGGAGAAAGCCGACUCUGCACUUAAGCAAUCUACACUCGAUUUAAAAACACUUGUAAAUAGCGAGGGAUUUCCACAGACAACGCGAAGGAUUAGAAGUGCGUUAAAACGGAUCACUCAACACGGACCAGACUGCGUCUGGGGGCGCUUUGUUCAGUGGGCGGUGGCUGGAGACGAAUAAAGUCAACAGCAGAAGAAAUCGCCACGUUGUGCUCAUUCAUUCUUAAAUUGCCCACUGCCUCUGACAAAGCCGGACCAAGACAAUAAAACAUAUGCAAGUGUUGUUGUUUUUUUGGUCAAGGAGUUAAAAAAAAAAACGCCGAGCAGAUUGACGUGAAUUGACGAUAAAUACCAGAUUUUUUCAGUCCUGUUGGUUUUGGUUUUCUCUUCCGUUUGACUUUUUUAAUCCAAUGUUUCCAGUAAUCGUUUAGCUCCAGUUGCCUCACAUCUGUUCCCGCCGGGAUGCAACGGGGAACUAGUUGGCUUUAUGGCGCUGAAUGGAAGAGUUUCCCACUGGGAAUGGAAGACCGCUGUUACAGGAUGCAAUGUCGCACUCCACCGUGUCUUAUUAGUUGCUCUUUAUAUCCAUUUAUUUAAAAAAAACCUAGACGAUUUGGCUGCACUCUUGGCUUCAGCUGUCAAAUAACUGCACCUUGAAGUCGGGAGUGAUUCAAAUUAGGAGCUACGACACUUAGAGGUGGCUCGGUAGAUAAUUUUAGCCUAUCAGGGGUUAUUUUCUCGCAGCAAUGGUUGAUAGUCUCCAUCUUAAAUUUCUUCAAAGAACAGCUGCUUGGUAUGAGCAAAAGACCAGCACCGAGAUAGGGGGGGGAUCUGUAAAGGUACAAUAAGUUGCUAAUGACAAUCAACUUUGAAGGGUAAACCUGAGAUGAGCAGAACUCUUUUAAGUUGCGUGUUUUGAUCGUUUUGUGGUCAUCUCUGCGUGCAGCUGUCCAACUUCAACCCAUGUCUUCCACAACAACAAAAAAUAAACUAUACCCAAGCUGAGGACUGUCCUCUAAAUCCUCAACUUGGCCGACUCCCUGAAGCUAACCACUAUGGAGCUGUUGGAAAUAUCCUGCACAACCCGCUUCAGUCUUUGACCUUGCCUGUGAGCUGUGUUACCGUUGAUAUAUUUACCGUCAGUACAAAUACUGUUGGCCUUUGUUACUUGAAUCCAAAGCGGCUGCAUCCAAGCGGACUUUUAAUGCAGCCACUUAAGACUUGUGUGUUUUAUUGUAAAACGCUUGGACAACGUCCCUUCAUAGAGUUCAGUGCAGGUUAUAGGAAUUGCUGUGCCUUCUACUGACCACUAGGGGGCAAUGAAGGAAUAAGCACUUUGUUGGCAGCUGCGUUUUUUUUCUUUUCCUUUUUCUUUUUUUUAUCGUAAUUAGUGGAAGGUAAACGUUUAAUUUUUAUGUUUUAUAGGCCACUCCUGUCCAAUAGAGGUCUGAUAUGCAGUGCAUGUGCGUCUUGUUAGCUAAAUUCACCGUUAGUUGUAUUUACCAAAUAAAUCAUGCUAGCACAAUGCUCAACGACAACCGUGCCCCAAAUCUCAAACCUUGGUAAUUGUUGUUGGACUAAAAUUUCUACCAAAGUGAAAUAAAACAAUGUUUUUCUUCGAUUUAUGUACUAAAAAUGUUCCGUUUCAGUUUUUUAAAAUCUUUUUUUUUUUUUUUUGCUUACACUUAAAACUAUUAGCAGGUAGCAUGCUAAUGGACUGUCCAAUUUUCUGAAAUGUGCAUAGUGCCUUGUAACGCCUGAAUUACCGAUUCAGACAUUGGUUAGGGCUGGGUAUGCUUUCAGUUGGGAAUGAAAUCCAGACGAUUUCGCUCUAAAUAUAAAUAAAACUGUAGGCGUGUAAAUGUGAUGUCUCUGUAUGUGAAUGUCACAGAUUGACUACCUCAAGGUAUGAUCACAACAACCAGAGGAGCAUUCAGAGAGCUCAUCACCUUAAAGGCUGGUUGCCUCGUUUAAUGCCUUUUUAACAAAAUAAUUAUUAGUUUACUCUUGUGUUGCCACUUCACAAAGCGAACGAAUUUCAUUACUGGUAGGUUUUGCUUUCAUGCUACGAAAAGUUGUUUGCACCGUCUGCAGCUAUUUGGCACAAGGCCUUUCAGAUACAAAUCAGGCACAAAAUGGCAAAAUUAAUUCUGGUACUGCUUGGUCGUGUGAAUUAUAAUUUUAUUUUAUUUAGUGGUAUUGUUACAUUUUGAAUAGAUUCUUUGCUUUUUAUCCACUUUUUUCCAGUACAGUUUGUCAUUCUUCCUUUUGGCAAGCUUUAUAGUCACACUUGCAGUUGUUCAAGGCUGAUUCCUCGUGGUUUUGUUAUGAUUUACAGCAUUAUUAAGCAACACAACUAGCACUUUAAAGGAUUAAGCACCUGAAAUCCCUGUUGCAUCUCUUGCUAAUUUGAAACUGCUAGCAUGCUAACAUGCUAGCUGCAGUUAUUUCCAGGACGUUUCGACAUGUACAAGCAUUACGUUUUUACCGUUGACCUGUACCUAUGCAGAAAUAAACAAUAGCAGGCGUAAACAAACUUUCCACUCUUGUUACUGAGUGUGUGUAUGUGUAGGUAAGGUAUAAAUAUAGCUAAUUUAUCCAAAACAUUUCAAGCACACUCUAGAUUUUUUUUUUUUUUUUAUGACUAAAACCCUUCUCAUUUACAAAUCCAGCACUUUAUUUUUUUAUGUCGUUUCUAAAAACCCAUUGAUGCCUUAUAUUAGUGGUGGGUACCCAGCCCUAAAGGAGCAGGUGGCUGAGUUUGUUCCUGAUAUGCUCAUCAUUUACGCCGAUGACUCUGUGCUAUCUGACUUGUUAGCAGGAGUGCUUUUAAAGACACGAAGAACAAUUAAUGGUGCUAUGCUCCCAUUGCUGCGGCCUGCAGGCCUCCCUGUUGUCAAAUGGCUUUGAACCCAAACAGUUUUGCAGACAAACACUGUUCGGUUAAAGCUUGUUUUCGUUGAGUCUUGCGUAGCACACGUCCUUCACGCCUCCGAGAGGUUUUUUUUUUUUUUUUAACGACUGAAGGUGUUCGUCGUGUAGCACAGCCAGGCGAGGUUUGCCCACAGUUUAAUGUGGUUGUCGUAAGGAAUGGUCCUUCCAGGUGGGGAAACCGUUUUUAUUUAUAUUUUUUCAUGGGACCAGGUGGAGCUCUCGUCUACAGCAACUGUAGGAUUCGACUGUUUUGACGAGUUCUUGAUUCUACGUUUGCUGCUAGUUUUGUGUAAUUUAUCAAGCAUUUUUGGAGCGAUAUGUUUAUUUUUAUAAGCCUAAUACAAAAGUUGAUGUUUUACAAAGUGACUUGACCAAAAGACAGUAAACAAAAACACUGGCACUUGAAUGUUGAAUGUCAUUGGUAUGAGUGGACAAAAAAAAUAAAUCUCUAUUUUUCUGGGGUAGUGUGAGCUUUUUAAUGUAAAACGAUGCAAUGAGUGGAGGUUUCACACUCAUUAUGUCACUGUAACAGGAAGUGCUGGUUUGUGCUUUCUUUUGGGGUGCCAAAAUAACUCUGGCUAGUUAUUUCCAUAUUUAGAACUGGAACCUGUGAGGCGUUCAGGUCCCUUUUUUAAGAAAUCCCCUCAACUUCUUCCUUCAGGAUCACCCUAAUACCAAAAUAUUCAGUUUAUUACCAUCGCCGUUUGUGUAUUUAAGGUUGAUAUUAUAGGAUCAUGGUCAAAGCUUGUUAAAAAUUGAAAGUAAACAUUUCCUAAAAAAUAAAUCGAAACAAAUAUUCUCUAUUCUUAAUGAAAUUAAGCCAAAAUUGAUACAAAGACCACAUAAAACUGUCGAUUUCAGCGCUACAAGCGAAGCACUGGCUGUUGUUGCACGUUACUGUGACAUAUGAAGUGAAACACCCCGCACAGGUUACCUUAAGUCAUAUUUAUGAUCCAUAAACCUGUUUGUGCGACCGGCUACGUCGCUAAUAUACGGAUAAAAUAAUCUAAUCUUUUGAUUGGCAAACAGAUUUGAAUAAACUCCAAAUAUGCCAAGGUUUGGAUUAAAAAUAAUAAAAUGUAAUGAUUUAAAGACCAUUUUGUAAAAAAACAAAACAAAAAAAGUAACAUGCAGUACAAAAAAAAAGGAUCAAGAUUCUCUUCAAGUCAGUUUUACUUUUUAGUGUCCUUUUUUUGGAAAUCGUAACUCCUCCCCCCUCCCCCCCUUAUUGUUAAUACCCUUGUUGUGAAUGUUUGGCAAGUGGCCGUCUUUAAAGUCUCCAUCACGCAGAAUUGACUGUGGUUCUAUUGCUAUGUUGUUGUGAUUCGCAUAUAUUCAGGCAACAGUGCAUUAAUGCCGUCACAGGAGAGUUUCUGGCCAGUCAGGAAAAAAUUGGGCUUUUUAAAAAGUUGUUUUUUUUCCUUUUUUUUUUUUUUUUUGAGCAAACUAAUUGCACAAAAACAACAUUGUUGUGACUAUUUCUCUGUUUAAAAAGACUGCAAUCUAACAUAAAAACAAAAAAAAAGUGGAGGUAUGUUUCUGAGUGACUGUUGUUUUAGCGGGUGGAUUUAAAAGACUCGGGAGUCCAGUGCUGUCUUCAUCACUGAUUGGCCAGACCGCUCGACGUGAUCUAGCAGAAGCACCAGCCUGGUAGUUAGUAUUUGCUUUAUGUAUUAGUUUAGGAAGUGUGCAUGAAGAGCACUGCACGAAGAAAAGAAAAAAACAAAAAAAACAAACUGUGCAACUAUUCCGAUUUUACCACAAUAAAGGUUUGAAUUUGCAGAUGUGA